GCUUAUUUUGAAAAGUUUUAAUGGGGUUGGCGAUAAUAAGCAUUAUUUAUCUAUCAUGUCUCCCCAAGACAUGUCUCCCAAGGAAGGCUUCGAAUUUUUCUUUUAUGAUGAUAGAACACUACAUUUUGGUGGUAAUACUUGUCGCGGGUUGUUGUAUUUCAAUUGUGAUGACCACAUUGUUCUUUGCAACUUAACAACUAGAGAAUUGAAAUUUGUUGCUCCGCCCAAGAAACCCAUUCCAUCUCACACCACGUUGGAUGGUUGUGGUUUCGGAUACGAUCCUAAAUCUGGCGACUACAAGUUGAUACGAAACUAUGAUAGAUGCUCUUGCUGCAAUGGAGAAGAUUAUGACGAAUGUUUUUAUCAACAUCCUCGCGAGAAAAAAACUGAGUUGUAUUCGCUUAAAAGUGGUUCUUGGAAGGAGAUUCCACCUCCUGAUGCUUACAUUGGCCCCAGUUAUUGUGUGUAUGUUGAGGGGAGUUGUUAUUGGCGAGCACAACUUGGUUCGGCUUUUGGUGGUCCAUCAUGUGAAGCCCCAGUAUGGUUUGAUGUUCUCUCAUUUGACUUUACUGAUGAAAUUUUCUCUUGCAUCCCUUCACCGGUUAGUGAGAUUCAUUUUUUAUAUGUUCUUGUUGAGUGUCGAGGGUUUUUGGGUGCUGUUGUCUAUGAAAAUCCCUCUGGAGAUUCCAAGUGUGGAGUCAACUCUUUUGAGCUUAGGAUAUGGAAAGAAAGGUCGUGGGCCAAAUCAUAUGUCGUUGCGGUUUAUGGUAUUGAAAAACCGUUGGGAUUGAUAGAUGGUCGUUUUCUCUUUCUUAAAAGAAAAGGAGUAGAUCAGUUACUAGUUUAUGAUUAUAUUACGAAAGAGAUGAAGAAACCAGAUAUUGAUGCUCAUGCACAAAAUGUGAGUGUUGUUUCUUAUGUUGAGAACAGAGUUGUGCUAGUUUAUGAUCUGGUCACAGAAGAAAAAACGACGAAGGUUGUUUCUUAUGUUGAGAAUCAUGCUAUGCUGCCGAAUGAUGCAAAAAUCCCACAAGAUGCUGAACAAUUCAUCCUAGAAGUUUCUCGAAGCCCUCAAAAUUUGAUGAUAUCAUCGCCGGCGCCACCAGCCAUGGAGACCCAAAAAGAGAUCACCGAAGAAAUACUGUCAAGACUGCCGGUGAAAUCACUCUUGAGAUUCAGGUGCGUUUCCAAACCAUGGCGAUCUCUGAUCGACAGCAAACGAUUCAUCAAAACCCACCUUCAAAAUUCGGCAAGAAACCCUAGUUUAGCCCGCCACAAGGUUUUGUUGCUCAAAUUUGUCUCUAAACAAAUGCUGAUGCAACGGUCUGUACUCCAUAGCUCAGAAGAUCAAGCUCUAGAACUGGAAUUCCCAAUCAAUUUUAAUUGUAUUGUGGGUUCCUGCAAUGGACUGGUUUGCCUUGUAAGGAAUAAACAGUUUGUGUUGUGGAACCCAUCUACCGGAAUCUCCAAGAAAUUGCCUCCUUAUGUUGACGACCACGAGAUGUGGUACAUAUAUUACGACAGUUGUGGGUUCGGUUGGGAUGAAUCGAGUGGCGAUUACAAGGUUUUUGCGACUACGAGUGCUAGGGCUAUAGCUAUGAUGUACAGCUUGAAUGUUAUCAAAUAUUGUAGCCAACAAUACAUAGGAAUAUUAUCUGGAAUGCUACCGCUGAUGUUGUUUUGGCUUAGAUCUAACUCUGAAAUGUUUUCAAGUAAGCAAGGGGGUAUGCUGCCACUUAAUCUAUUGCCAGACAAAUCAAGAACACGGAGGCUCGUGGCACUGCAAAGGGAGGUUGGAAUCGAUCCAUUUAAACUGUUAUUACCAAGAGACAAGUACAUGAGUUGA